AUGUCUUCCUCGAAAUCCCGUGCUCAAUCUUCCUCUGUUCCAGUUCCUCCAGAUUACAUUACUGGGGCUGGGAUUGAUAAGCAUGCAAUAGAGGUUAGGAGCAAGCUCCAUCCUUUUGCCCAGAAAAACCUAGACGAAAAUGUCCUCCAUUUGUUUGAAAAUACCUUGGUGCUGGGGCCUCACUGGUUUGGUCCCGUUCCUCCCAAGAUGGUAGAGCUGAUGAAGAAGGAUGCUGAGGCCCCUCUAUGUUUCGAAAGUUCUUCUGCCCUGGCUUCUCAUUCUUGGGUUAGCAAGAAUUUGAGCCGUUUGUUCCCAUCCAGUGAAGUGAGAAACAGUCCAGUCAAGUGGGCAGACUGGUUUGACAGGCUUCUUCCCCGAUUUGGGGCUCACUGGAAAUGGGUUGGAAUUUAA